AUGUUGUGCUUACUACUACUUCUCAUUGGGCUCGUCGGGGUUCAGACAGACAGGAAUUCUGAAAGACUACGUGUGCAAAUUACAAUACCAGAGAAAAUACGGUCAAUAUUAAGUGGAGGAGUUGAAUCACAUGUGUCCUACAACAUUAUGAUUGAAGGAAAAACAUACACGGUGAACCUAAUGCAAAAAGCUUUUUUACCUCAUAAUUUUAGAGUUUAUGGUUAUAAUGGUACAGGAAGUAUGACACCUCUUGAACAACAGCUUCAGAAUUUUUGCCACUACCAAGGGUAUAUUGAAGGUUAUCCAAAUUCUAUGGUGAUCGUUAGCACAUGUACUGGACUCAGGGGCUUACUACAGUUUGAAAAUGUAAGUUAUGGUAUUGAGCCCUUGGAACCUUCAAUUGGUUUUGAACAUGUGAUUUAUCAAGUAAAACACAAGAAUAAAGGAGUUUCUUUACAUGCUGAGAAGGAUAUUGAGUCAAGAGAAAUGCCCUAUAAAAUACAAAGUAUAGAGCCACUUCCAGAGUUUUCUCAGUAUAUAGAAAUGCAUGUUGUAGUUGAAAAAAAUUUGUAUAAUCAUAUGGGUUCUGAUACGAUUGUUGUCACUCAAAAGAUUUUCCAGUUGAUUGGACUGACCAAUGCUAUUUUUACAUCAUUUAAUAUUACAAUAGUUCUCUCUUCAUUGGAACUUUGGAUAGAUGAAAAUAAAAUCUCAGUAACCGGAGAUGCUAAUGAAUUAUUACACAGAUUUUUAAAAUGGAAAAGAUCUUAUCUUGUUUUGCGUCCUCAUGAUAUAGCAUUUUUACUUGUUUACAGAGAAAAAUCAACUUUUGUUGGUGCAACCUUUCAAGGGAAGAUGUGUGAUAGCCAUUAUGGAGGAGGUGUUGCUCUGCACCCCAGAACCAUAAGUCUGGAAUCGCUUGCAGUUAUUAUAGCUCAAUUACUGAGCCUUAGUAUGGGAAUAGCUUAUGAUGAUAUUAACAAAUGCCAGUGCUCAGGAACUGUCUGCAUAAUGAACCCAGAAGCAAUUCAUUCCAGUGGUGUGAAGAUCUUCAGUAACUGCAGCAAGGAGGAUUUUGCACAUUUUAUUUCAAAGCCAAAGUCCCAAUGUCUUCAAAAUCAACCACACUUAGAUGCAUCAUACAAAGCUGCGGUUUGUGGUAAUGGACAAGUGGAACAAGGAGAACAAUGUGACUGUGGAAAUGAAGAGGGUUGUGAGGCUAAGUCAAACUCAUGCUGUAAUCCUGACACAUGUAUGCUAAAACAAGGCUCAAUUUGUGAUACUGGUGAAUGCUGUACAGAUUGUCAGUAUGCGGCAAAAGGAGACAUAUGUAGGCCUCCCACUGAUGAAUGUGAUCUCCCUGAAUAUUGCAAUGGAUCAUCUGCAACAUGUCAAGAUAACUUUUUUGUUCAGAAUGGGCAUCCAUGUGGAGAGAAUCAGUGGCUCUGUCUGAAUGGAAGUUGUAGAAGUGGGAUAAAACAAUGUACAGCUAUAUUUGGUGAAGAUGCAGAUUUUGGUCCUGAAGAGUGUUAUAUUUACCUUAAUUCUAAGACUGAUCAAUCUGGAAACUGUGGUUCAGGUCCUUCAGGAUACAAAAAGUGUCAAACUAAGGAUCUGCCGUGUGGAAAAUUAAUAUGUCAAUAUAAAAGGGAAGAAAUAAUUAAAAUUCCAAAUGCCACUGUUAUUUAUGCCAAUAUAACUGGACACCUCUGUGUUGCUUUGGAUUUUCCACAUAAUUCUAGAGAUGGUGAAAUGAUGUGGGUAAAAGAAGGAACUGUUUGUGGUGCUAAUAAGGUUUGCAAGAAUAAAGAAUGUAUAGAUGCUGGGUACUUGAAUUAUGAUUGUACUCCAAGAAAAUGCCACGAACAGGGUAUAUGCAAUAAUAAAAAGAACUGUCAUUGUAAUCCCUCAUAUUUACCUCCUAAUUGCCAAACUAAUGAUGAUUCAUGGAUUGGUGGGAGUAUUGACAGUGGCAAUUUCCCACCUGCACCUGGCUUACCCAAAAGAAGCUACAUUGAGAAUGCUUACCAUUCCAGACCUACAAGAUGGCCAUUUUUCUUACUCAUUCCUUUUUUCAUUAUUUUCUGUGUACUGAUUAUCACACUGGUAAAAGUUUAUUUCCAAAGAAAAAAAUGGAGAGCAGAGGACUAUACAAGCGAUGAGCAACUUGAAAGUGAAAGUGAACCUAAAGAGUAGCCCGGAAAACAGAAACCAUCAUAUCACAAGUAAUUAUCUUCGAUGGACAGGAAAAAUGGAAACAAACAAACAAACAAACA